AUGGGCUACUUAGUACAAGCAAGUCAAUACAUUGCUUAUACGCUAGUCCUUUAUUUUAUUCUGAGCGUUAUAUAUAACCGAUAUUUCCAUCCUCUUCGAGAUUACCCAGGGCCUUUUCUGGCAUCAACAACACGUCUUCCAUACAUCACGGCAUAUGUACAAGGCACAGGCCCUCAAUUUGUAAGGGCCCUUCACGACCGUUACGGGAAUGUAGUGCGGAUCGCUCCUGAUGAGCUUAGCUUUCGAGAUGUGACCGCAUGGAUGGAGAUCUAUGGUGCCCGUUCAUCAAGCAAACCAAGCCUUUUGAAGGAUAUGAGAUUCUAUAAUGUCUCCAGAAAUGGUGUCCCAAACCUUGUGGUUGCCCCGACGGACGAAAUUCAUAAACGUCAGCGACGGAUUAUCUCGCGCGCUUUUUCAGAUGCUGCAUUAAAAGAUCAAGAGCCUCUCCUUCAGUCCUAUGUCGAUCUAUUUCUUGACAGACUUGACGAAAGAGCAAAAACAACCAACGGCAGAGUUACUAACAUUCUGGAAUGGUUUCAUUUCGUUACCUUUGAUUUUAUGACAGAGUACAUCUUUGGAGAAUCUUUCAGCUGUCUACAAAACUGCGAGUACCAUCCAUGGGUACGCGUUAUAAUUGAUACUAUCAAGGCCUGGCCAGUCAUUAGCUCAGCAAAGUAUUUGCCUACUCUUGCGCCUUUAAUACAAAUUAUAGCGCUCUUCUUUUAUCGAGACAUCUUAAGAAGGCGCAGAGAAAGUUUCCAACUUGGAUUGUCAAAGAUAAGAAAGAGACUCGCUCGACAAGAAUCAGGUCACUAUCCUGAUUUUAUCUCUCAUGUUCAUGCCAGCAAAAAAAUUCGAGAAUUAUCGUUAACUCAAGAAGAACUAGACUCGAAUUCUUCGUUUCUGGUCUUAGCUGGGAGCGAAACACUAUCAACUUCACUGUCUGGUUGCACAUAUUAUCUGCUAGCCAACCAAGAUUCGUAUACAAAACUCACCAAUGAGAUACGACAAUCAUUUUCAAGUUUGUCGGAAAUAUCGUUUGCGAAAUUGGCGCAACUGCCUUACCUUGAUGCUGUUAUAAAUGAAACAUUUCGCAUUCGUCCGCCUGCACCCCUUGGAAUGCCACGGUGCGUGCCGUCUGGGGGUUCCAUCAUUUCAGGUCACUAUAUACCGGGAGGGACGACUGUAUCCGUUCCUCAUUGGGCAUCCUACAGAUCAUCUCACCAUUUUACUGAUCCGGAUGAAUUCAUUCCGGAGCGCUGGCUGCGGGGGGGAGGUGAAAGAUUUGUGAACGAUAAUAAAGACAUUUUGCAGCCAUUUUCUGUUGGCCCAAGGAAUUGUCUCGGAAGAAGUUUGGCUCUUGCAGAGUUACGUCUGAUCCUGGCUAAGACUCUAUGGAAAUUUGACAUGGAGUUGUGUGAAGGGAGUUUUGGAUGGGAUAUGAAACAGCGCGCCUUUGUGGCUUGGGAUAACACACCGCUUAUGGAUGGGCUAUCGAGUAGCCUAGGAGACAAGGGUGAAUUCUUAUCUAGGAGAGAUAUGCAGUAA